AUGGAGGAAGACAAAGUGAAACCAACUUACUUUUUCUAUCUUUUUGACUCUCUUUUCCUCCUCUUUCUCUCCCUAUCUCUUUCCCAUCUGAAACGUCGUGCAAUCUUUCCCACGGAUGAGUUUAAUGGCAUUAAGAGAUAUGCAGCUUGUGACGAGAGACAGGGAUCUCACAUAGUUUGGUUUGGACCGAAUAAUCCAUGUACAUCGAGGCUGAAGGCGCAGCAUAUCUCAGCUGCGCCUGCACAAUCUGCAACACAUGCACCAACACUUCGACGUGAGGUCACUGCAUCUCUCGCCCUGUCACACAUUCACGGAGGUUAUCCACCCAACGAAACGUCAGGAGGGCAAACUCACAUCAGCGGGGAGAUUGACGAUUGGCUUGUUCUUAUCUUCCACAAUUUGAUGCUUUUUGCCGCUAUUUAG